ACAGAGCCCUUCACUCUAUAGGCUUCUUAUAGUAGCUAUCUUUUCACAUUGACCUGUAAAACGGCAUUAUAUGACAGCUUUGGGUUGUUAAUACUGACCUGGCCGCAGCUGCUUGCCGUUUGCUUCACUUAAACAGAUAUGCCAUUUAAACAGCAUAAUGAGAACAGGACAUUGAUAAAAGUCAUUUAAAUAAGUUCAGUCAUAAAUAGCGUUAACAUUUCUGGCGUGAUGAAACGGCCUCAUUUGUAUGUUCCAACCUGCUGAACAGCGCAUCUCAUACUUAGCUGCAUUUGCUGUCACUAAGUACCAGUCCGCCUGCCUGAUGGAAAUUUACUGGUAGUUAACAAAGGUCGAUGGCGCAACGUGUUGAAAGGCUAUAGCGUCAUCAGGAGGACGUGGGGUGUAUAAAUACAAACAUCUUUCUAUGACUGUACAAUAAACUGCAACGGACAAUACAGCAGCAUCAAAAGCCAAAAAAAAAAAUGCCUUCAACCAAGGGUGACGUUCCCCUGAUUAGCCCCGCUCAGAAUGGACUCGCAGCGGAGAACUUCAUUCACCAAUCCAUGGCCAUCAUUAUGGAAGAUGCAGUGAAAAAGGCCACUGAUGUCAGAGAAAAGGUCUGUGAGUGGCGUUCCCCCGAGCAGCUGAAGGAGUUGUUGGACCUUGAGCUGAGAGACGGAGGAGAGUCUGAGUCCAAGAUCCUGCAGCGCUGCAGAGAUGCCAUCAGAUACAGCGUCAAGACCACCCAUCCUCAUUUCUUCAACCAGCUGUAUGCGGGGAUGGAGCCCUAUUCCUUGGUGGCAAGCUUUAUCGUGGAGGCCCUUAAACCCAGUCUGUACACAUAUGAGGUGGCUCCGGUCUUUACACUGAUGGAAGAUGCUGUGCUGAGGAAGAUGAUAGAGAUGAUCGGCUGGGAGGAAGGAGGAGAUGGAAUCUUCAAUGCAGGUGGCUCAAUGUCCAACAUGUACGCUGUGAACUUAGCCAGGUACCAUCACUUCCCUGACAUUAAGGAGGCCGGCCUCUCUGCUGUUCCACGACUGGUCAUGUUCACAUCACAGGAGUGUCAUUACUCCAUUUCCAAAGCAGCAGCUUUAAUGGGCAUCGGCACUAAGAACGUUUACAUGGUUCCAUCUGAUAACAGAGGGAAGAUGAUUCCCUCGGCUUUGGAGUUGCUGAUUAAGACAGCUAAAAGUGAGGGUGCAGUGCCCUUCAUGGUGAACGCCACAGCAGGGACCACAGUGCUCGGAGCCUUUGAUCCCAUCCAGGAGAUUGCAGACAUCUGUGAGAAGUACAACCUGUGGCUGCAUGUGGACGCCUGCUGGGGAGGAGCAGCUCUGAUGUCUAACAAGCAUCAACACUUGUUAAAGGGCAUCCACAGAGCCAACUCUGUGGCCUGGAACCCUCACAAGAUGCUGAUGGCGUGUCUGCAGUGCUCUGCUUUCCUGGUCAGAGACAAAACGAAUCUCCUCCAGCGCUGCCACUCUUCUUCCGCCUCCUACCUCUUCCAGCAGGAUAAGUUCUAUGACGUCAGCUACGACACAGGGGACAAGUCCGUCCAGUGCAGCAGGAAGCCGGACGCCUUCAAGUUCUGGCUCAUGUGGAAGGCUCUGGGAACCGGAGAGCUAGAGGAGAGGGUAGACAGAGCCCUCGCCACGGCCAGGUAUCUUGCAGAAGAGAUCAAGAGAAGAGAAGGGUUCCGUUUGGUGAUGGAGCCUGAAUAUGCAAAUGUUUGCUUCUGGUACAGUCCACCAAGUCUGAGGAACCUUCCAGAUGGCCCUGAGCUAUGGAAAAAACUCCACACUGUCGCCCCGGUGGUGAAAGAACGCAUGAUGAAGAAGGGAAGCAUGAUGGUGGGCUACCAGCCGCACAGAGACAAGGCCAACUUCUUCAGGAUGAUCGUCAUCAGCCCACAGGCCAGCAGACUCGACAUGGACUUUGUCCUAGACGAGAUACACAAUCUGGGAAAAGACCUGUGAUGAAAUGUCAGUGUCAGUGAAAAACACUUUAUUCCUUUGUCAUUGACGGACUUGUGGACAAUCAGGGAAUCUGACCACCAACAUCAAACACGUUUUCCUCUUCUGGUGGAUUAGCUGAUUUUUGGGACAACUGACCUCAAGGCUCUGCUGGUUAUGCUGAUCCUCAUACUGAUUCACACCAUAUCCUUAGAGUUUCCUCUCUUGCUAUUCUCAAAGUAGAAGUACAAAUCAAUCGAAAUGUCCAAAUCUACUUUAAAAACAUGAUGUAAUACGUCUUCUUCCAUACAAGAAAAGGUUGACAUAAAGUGUAUCUGUUGUAAAGGAGAUGCUAUCAUUUAAAAUGCUUUUUAGUUAGAUCAUAUCUUGAGAGAUAAAUAUGUCUCUGUCACAGUGAUGUUUACAAGUGGCAAAGCAAUAAUACUGAUUAUUUUAGAUAUACCUUAUAUGUAUGUAUUUGUGGGACUGGUUUGGGAUUUCUUUCAGGUUUAUUUCUUACCAUGUUGCAAUCAUGAAUCACAUGUCAAGCAUGCAGUGAUUAAUCAUGCUACUGUGUGUUACCUGAUUUUCCUGCUUAUUUUUUAUAAAAAAAUGUUUAUAAGAAUCUCAAAUAAAACAAAGCAAAUCUA